AUGGGUGAUGAAAGAGAUGAAGUGCCGCAGGAUGCUAUGAUGCAGAUGCUCACUGCCAUGAGAGAAGAGAUGAGGAACAUGGGAGAGCAAGUAGGAACGUUGAGGACGGAGUUUGGAGUCCGUAUUGGCCGCCUGGAGCAGCCAAGGCCAGCACCUGCUAGAGGAGUACCUCUACAGCUAGGUCAACUCACGGAUGAUGACAUGCCGGAGCUGGAAAAUGAUCCGCCUGAUCCUCUUCAUCGACAGCAUCGGAGGAGAGCAGACCCUCUACAGAGGAAUCCAGCUCGUGAAGUAGAAGAAAGGGGACAGAACCAUGAUAUUAAGCUAACCCCUCCUACUUUUGCAGGAAAGUCCAAUCCGGAGGUAUACAUGGAUUGGGAAAUACGUCUUGAGCACAUCUUUGAGUGCUAUGGUUACAAUGAGCACAAGAAGGUGGCUGUAGCAGCAGCUCAGCUCAAAGACAAUGCGUUCGCAUGGUGGGACAGAAACGUAGCUGAGAGGAGAAGGCAACGUUUUGGACCAGUAGCCACUUGGAGCGACAUGAAGUUCCUCCUGAGGUUAAGGAGUGUUGAUGAGUACUUUGAGGAGUUUGAGAAGCUGAUGAACUCACUGGAGCUAGAGGAGUCCAAGGAGGCUUUAAUGGCGCAGUUCAUAGAUGGCUUGCAAGAGAGAAUUGCCUGGAAGGUGGAGAGAGCUCAAUACAGCGGAUUACAUGAGUUACUACACCUCUCUGUUCAGGUUGAGCAGCAGAUCAAGCGCAAGACGUCUCUCAACCAAAGGAACAGAACGUCUCAGCCUUGGACCUCAAGUAGUUCCAAACCUGUAGACAAAGGCAAGGCAGUGGAGAUUGAUUCUCGUUUCAAAGGAAAAGGCAAUGAGAACUCCAAGUUCACUCGACCAGAGCAAGGUAAAUCGUCAAUUAAUGAUUCUAGAACUCGUGACAUUGUUUACUUUAAGUGUCAAGGCAGGGGACAUAUGUCAAGGGACUGCCCAAACCGACGAGUGAUGAUCAUUACCUCAACCGGAGACUAUGAGUCAGAAGAAGAGCAAGAGGAUGAGCAGAGUUUCCUAGACGAUGAGGUUGAGUACUCGGAUAAAGGAGAGCUUCUGGUGACCAGAAGAGUCCUUAGUGUACUUGUCAACCCCGCAGAAAAAGCUCAAAGGGAGAAUCUCUUCCACACUCGUUGUACCAUCAACGGCAAGGUAUGCAAUCUUGUGAUUGAUGGAGGUUCUUGCACUAAUGUAGCUAGCGAGUUUUUGGUAGACAGGUUAGGUCUUGAGAAGACUAAGCACCCCAAACUGUAUCCCUUGCAAUGGCUAAAUGAGGAAGUUGAGAUGAAGGUCAGAGAACAAGUGGUGGUGCCGUUCAGUGUGGGAAGAUAUCAAGAUCAAGUCACUUGUGACAUCUUGCCCAUGCACGCUGGACAUCUUCUUCUUGGUAGACCUUGGCAGUUUGAUCGAGCCACCAUCCAUAAUGGUCGAACAAACUACUACUCUUUUGUGCACAAUGACCGUAAGUACAAUCUUGCACCUCUCAGCCCAACCGAGGUAUGUAAGACCCUUGGUGCCAAGGGCACCGUGCUACUGAUGUUCUUUAAAGAGUGUUUGAGCGCAGGAUUAGGUGCUCUGGAGGUUCCUGAUCAAGUGAAAUCCGUCCUGGACAAGUUUCAAGAUGUGUUUCCUGAGGAGAUGCCCCCUGGCUUACCACCAAUCCGAGAUAUUGAGCAUCAGAUUGACCUCGUCCCUGGCUCUGCCUUACCCAACAAGGCCGCUUACCGAAUGAAUCCAUAG